AGUGGGCGGGGAUAAGUCGGCCCAGCUCCGGAAGCUGCUGCUGCCCACCCCACUGACGUGUCGGGGCAGCUAGACGUGUCGCGAAGAGUCGCGGUGGAACUUACCUACGGUGUACAGAUCUGGCGCUUUACGCUGCUAGGCACUGCUGAGCUGGGAGAUGUCGGCUGCGGGCAGGGCGGAGCCCUUGGGUCCUCCCGGCAGCUUUGCGAAGCGGCUCCUGGUGACCGGGGGUGCUGGUUUCAUCGCAUCACAUGUGAUUGUCUCUUUAGUACAAGAUUAUCCGAACUAUAUGAUCAUAAAUCUAGACAAGCUGGAUUACUGUGCAAGCUUGAAGAAUCUUGAAACCAUUUCUAACAAACAAAACUACAAAUUUAUACAGGGUGACAUAUGUAAUUCUCACUUUGUGAAACUGCUUUUUGAAACAGAGAAAAUAGAUAUAGUGCUACAUUUUGCUGCGCAAACACAUGUAGAUCUUUCAUUUGUACGUGCCUUUGAGUUUACAUAUGUUAAUGUCUAUGGCACUCAUGUUUUGGUAAGUGCUGCUCAUGAAGCCAGAGUGGAGAAAUUUAUUUAUGUUAGCACAGAUGAAGUGUAUGGAGGCAGUCUUGAUAAGGAAUUUGACGAAUCUUCACCCAAACAACCUACAAAUCCAUAUGCAUCAUCUAAAGCAGCUGCUGAGUGUUUUGUACAGUCUUACUGGGAACGAUAUAAAUUUCCAGCUGUCAUCACACGAAGCAGUAAUGUUUACGGACCACAUCAAUAUCCAGAAAAGGUUAUUCCAAAAUUUAUAUCUUUACUACAACACAACAGGAAAUGCUGCAUUCAUGGAUCAGGGCUUCAAACGAGAAAUUUCCUUUAUGCUACCGAUGUAGUAGAAGCAUUUCUCACUGUCCUCAAGAAGGGGAAACCAGGUGAAAUUUAUAACAUCGGAACCAAUUUUGAAAUGUCAGUUCUCCAGCUUGCCAAAGAACUAAUACAACUGAUCAAAGAGACCAAUUCAGAGUCUGAAAUGGAAAACUGGGUGGAUUAUGUUAAUGAUAGACCUACCAAUGACAUGAGAUAUCCAAUGAAGUCAGAAAAAAUACAUGGUUUAGGAUGGAGACCCAAAGUGCCUUGGAAAGAAGGAAUAAAAAAGACAAUUGACUGGUACAGAGAGAAUUUUCACAACUGGAAGAAUGCAGAAAAGGCAUUGGAACCCUUUCCAGUACAACCACCAUUUGUAUAGUCAAGACAGUUUUCAGAGAAAGAAGAAAAUUAUCCUACCUCCACAAGCCAUGGGAAACCAAGUGACCAAAAGGUGUCCUCUUUUCUUUUGGAAUUAGAUUCAUGACUUUUUGCAUAAAAUUCAAAUGCAAAACACCUCAAUCUUUAGAAUAGGUUUGGUGCUGGCAUAGGAUUUAAAUUUCAAGAUUCUUUCCAAAAACCUUUCUCCUGAAAGUUAGGCACCAGAAGUCCUAGAAAGACCUUUCGUAGGAAGGGGCCAGGAAAAUGGAAUCUCAUGGUUUUUGAGAACAAGGACCGAGCCCAGUUCUGCGCUGACGACAGCCUUUGCGGGCCCUGAACUCAGUUGCCCAACCUUCCCCACUGCCUACAAAGUCUCUCAAGUUUCCAUUUUUAGGCAACAUAGGAUGAGCUGUCUGUCCUCAUUCAUCUUUUUUAUUAAAGGUCUGAUAUGCUAUAAUUGCUUUAGAAGUGGAACAAUGGAAGCAUAUCUAGCACUUUUUAACUUUAGAUAAUUUUGUAAAAUUAAGUUAAAUGUUUUUUAAAAGAAGGAUGUAGUUUUUACAUUUUCAAAAUCAGUUGUUGGACUAUAUAUGAGUAAUCUCAUAUGAGAGAUUUUUAUCAUGUAUUUGCCAUUUAAAAUGAUUUUAUUUAUAAAAGUAUCACUAUUGUAAC